AAGUAAGUUAUUUUACCUCACUUUCCUCCUCUACCAAAGUAGUCACCGUAGUGGAAGUACCCGCUGAUAUAUCCUGUUGAUUUGGUUGCGAUGGUUCGGCCAUUUCACUAAAAAUUCACACCGUUUUAAUAUAUCACUCAAUUAGUGUUUCUUAACCUCACUGCAUUCCGGCUUUUAAUCUUUUAAACGAAAAUACCGUGGUUAUAAUCGUUUUGAUAAAACUAGGUUAGGUUAUCUGUCAAAAUCGGUGACGUGAGUAAACACGCGGUUCUACUUUACCGACCUCGUUUUGUUAUAAAGACGUUCAAAAAAACGGACUGCUAUCAGUUUUUUGUUGCUUAUCGUUUCGGUUUAAAUUUAAAGUGUGAAUUGAAACGGCACAAUUGUCUGCUUUAGACGUGUGUCGAGGAAUUUACUAAACGUUAUAAUCGAUGUUGAUUAAUUGGACUUUGUACCGAACGGUUUAAAUUAAAUGUGUUGUGUUUUAUGAACGUAUGCGUGGGGGAAAAUUUGGUUGUAUAGGUUUACUUCAUGACAUGAAUUUAAAUUUUAUUCAAAAAGGAAAAAAUAAACUACCGAAUUAAUAAUUUAAAAUUAAAUGGAAAUUUCCAUUAAGAAAAUCCAUUGUGUUAUAUGUUUAUAAUAAAUCGCGAAGCAAACUGUUGAUUGUUGCUGGUUCAUUUCGUUCGGCGAUUGCGUCAACGUGUUAACCCGAACGGGUUUAUAUAGAAGUUGGACGACGAAUUUUCCAUUUUCUAUUUACUCUACAAGUUGAAGCGCACUUAAAAAAAAUUACAUUAAAAAGUAAAACUAAAAAAGAACAGCUCAAGAAUGGUGGAAGAGGUUCUCAUCAGCAACGUUAAUAAGUUUCACUUCGACGUUUUUGAUUAUGCGGUUUUUGCGGCUAUGUUGGUACUUUCAGCCUUGACAGGAUUAUAUUAUGGAUGCAGGGGAAGAUAUUGCAAAACCGGCGAAGUACAGAAUUUAAGAGAAUAUUUAACCGGAAAUGGAGACAUGAAACCGUUUCCUGUUGCUAUGUCUUUAGUUGCAAGUUACAUAUCUGGUGUAACAAUUUUAGGUACCCCCGCUGAAAUAUAUAAUUUUGGUGCUCAAUAUUGGUUGAUUGUGGUUGCUGUUAUAGUGAGCAGUGCCAUUGUGGCAUUCGUUUAUCUUCCAGUAUUUUCAAAACUCCAUGUACAUUCAUCAUACGAGUAUUUAGAAUUAAGAUUCAACAAAUAUGUUAGAACGGUCGCUUCAGUACUAUUCGUUUUAGACGAGAUAAUGUUCCUUCCGAUUCUCAUUUACGUGCCGUCUUUGGCGUUUAACCAAGUAACUGGAAUCGAUAUCCAUUUGAUUGGGACGAUCGUUUGCGUUGUUUGCAUUUUUUAUACUGUACUGGGUGGUUUAAAAGCAGUUGUAUGGACAGAUACAUGGCAAAUCAUAGUGAUGUUUAUUUCCGUUAUGGUAGUGAUCAUUUUGGGUACAAUUUCAUACGGAGGUGUGGCAAAAGUAUGGGAUACGGCAUCGAGUCGAUUAAUAUUCUUAAAUUUUAACACGAGUAUGUACGAACGACAUACAGUGUUUUCUGUGAUAAUAGGGGGCGUUUUCUAUUGGACGUCGUUCAAUGCGGUCAAUCAAACGAUGGUUCAACGCUACUUAUCUGUACCUUCAAUAAGAAAAGCUCAAACUUCAAUUUUAAUUUUUGCAAUUGGAGUAUCAGCUUUCGUCUCGGCUUGUUGUUAUGCGGGAUUAAUAAUUUAUGCGACUUAUUCCGAUUGUGAUCCUUUAAAAGCUGGAAGAAUCCACGCUGAUGAUCAAUUAUUACCUAUGUUCGUGAUGGAAACAGCUGGACAUCUUCGGGGAAUCCCAGGAUUAUUUAUUGCGGGGGUUUUUGGAGCCGCUUUAAGUUCACUUUCGGUUAUUUUAAAUUCCACUUCGACUGUUUUUCUAGAAGAUUUUGUUAAAGGAUGUAUUAAUCUCAAAUUAAAAGAAGAAACAGCAACGAUUUUUGUUAAAGUCGUUGCUUUUGUAUUAGGAGUUGUUGCUUUAGCUUUUUUGUACGUUGUUGAACAUUUAGGAGGAGUUCUUGCGAUGGCAACUUCUUUAUCUGCAAUUGCAGCGGGAACAACUUUUGGUGUUUUUACUUUGGGGAUGUUAAUUCCGUGGUCAAAUUCAACGGGUGCUGUUGUGGGUGCAAUUAGUGGAUUUGUAUUGUCGGGUUGGGUGAGUUUUGGAAGCCAAUAUGCUGGAGCUGCUGGUUUGAUUAUCCCAAAAAGACUUCCUGUGGCCACAUAUGGUUGUGAAGAAUCAUAUGGAAUUAUUGUUAAUAACACAACUUCCACGGUUUACCAUGACGAAUCAAACGUAUUUCCAUUACACCGACUUUCUUACCAUUGGAUAACACCAAUUGGAGUUGUAACAGUAUUAUUAGUAGGUUCUCUAGUUAGUUUAAUUUCUGGAAAACGAGAUUUAAAAUUUAUGGAUCCGGAUUUAAUAAGUCCGGUUAUUCACAGAUUUUUACCUGAAGAGAGUUUUAGAUACGAAGGGUACGCAAUAAGAAAUGCCCGUCAUAAGGAUCAAGUAAAUUGUGAAAAUGGAUUUAAACCAAAAAUGAGGGUUCCUAUGUUGGAUUUAAAAGAAGAUUCCCAUAGAUCUUUGACUUGCUCAGAGGAGAGGUGAAGUGAUAAUUUAACGAAUCUUUACUUAAAUAAUAUGUGUACAAGAUAUUUAAAAGAAUUGAUUACUUAACUUUUCUCUCUGUCUCUUUUCUCUCUAUAGUAUUUUUUAAUUGUAAACGUUUUCUUUUUGUAUAACUUGUAUUUAUUAAAUUGAGAUGUUUUU